GGAAGCACAAGGACUCCAACUGCGUUUUAUCUUCGUUUUCUGCUUCGGCGGCGCGUCCAUUCCUCUGAUGCUCGUUCAUCAACGGGAAAAAAGACGGUUGGCCUUCUGUGCCUAGGUGUAAGACAUUCGUUUUUAAGCAAGGUCGAUGUCGUAAGGCCGGCUCGUGCGGACGCACCUUGGAUUCAUCUCCCGUACGAAUUAUCGGCUGGCAGGAGAUUCCAAGCUUAAUAUAGAAAAAAGAUGAUUGUGACCCUUGCUUUAGUCGCUGUUGCUCUGGCCCAACACCCACAGCAGCUGCAGCAGCAGCCGGUGGCCAUUCUGAAAUACGCGCAGGACAGCUCGCCGGAAGGAUCCUACAGUUACGCUUAUGAGACAGAGAACGGAAUUGCCGCUUCCGAGCAAGGCUCGCCGCAGCCCGUUGGACCUAAGGGCGAUCCUGCGGUCAUUGCCCAAGGCCAGUAUCAGUACACCGCUCCCGACGGCACCCCUAUCGCCCUCCAGUACACGGCCGACGAGAACGGCUUCCAUCCGCAGGGUUCCCAUCUGCCGGUCGCUCCACAGGUGCCCGAGCUGAUCCAGAAGGCCGUCGCGUACGUUCUAGCCCAUCCGCAGCCCGAAAACCAACAAUAAACGAUCGAUAACAUUUAGCAACAUCUUCG